AUGACUGGACGCGGCAAAGGCGGCAAGGGCCUCGGAAAGGGCGGUGCCAAGCGCCACAGAAAGAUUCUUCGCGACAACAUCCAGGGCAUCACCAAGCCCGCCAUCCGCCGUCUCGCCCGUCGUGGCGGUGUGAAGCGUAUCUCGGCCAUGAUCUACGAGGAGACCCGCGGCGUCCUCAAGUCCUUCCUCGAGGGCGUCAUCCGUGACGCCGUCACCUACACCGAGCACGCCAAGCGCAAGACUGUCACAUCCCUCGACGUUGUCUACGCCCUCAAGAGACAAGGCCGCACCCUCUACGGUUUCGGUGGUUAAACAAUCACUGGGAAGUCGUUUACGAUUUGCAUUUCAUGACGGGUUAUCACUUAUUACUGGGCGCUGCGUUCUUUUUCCUGUUUUACACAUUUGGGGGCAAAUACUCUGGGACAAUUGGGAUUUUGUUUUAUUUUCCUCGCGUUUUUUUUAUGAUGGACGGUGGCGGCGAUGGUGUACCAUAUGGGACGAGGAGAAGGGGGGGAGAUUGAGUUAGUAGCAUCUCUUGAUGUGAAAGCGGAAUACCAAACA